AGGGGGUAUGGAGACACCAACCGGGCGAGCCUUCGGACCGAAUGGCCUUUAGACGCGUCGGUUGAGCUUUCCCUUCUGGGGCCCUGAUUCCAGUCUCUACCGGAGAAAUCCAGCUCUAGCUUCCCACCUAGUAGAACCUCCCGUCGGCGCCGGGGGAACCUCGACCCACAUCCACCCGAGCGGGAGGAAGGAGCGCCCACUCUCGUGGCUGCCCCGAGAAGCCCCGGCUGGGUGUGGGGGCGACCGGGGACCCCGUCUCCCCGCCGUGCUCGCCCGUCCGUCCGUCACCCGCGCAGCCGGAACGCCCGCGGGUUCUGCAGCAACGGCUCGGGAACUGCCGGCCUCCGCCUCCCUCCGUCUGCAGCGCCGCCGCCAGCCAGGCUGGAGCCCAGUCGGUCCCCAGCGUCUGCGCUCCCGCCGGGCCCCGUAAACCAGCUAAUCCAGGAACAAUGCAAACAGAGAGGAGCAUCCAGAGUUUUGGCAGCAGGCACAAGCAAAUCCCGUUUGUGUACGAUGUCAAGCGGACCGUGUACAACGAGGAGAAUUUCCAGCAGGAGCACAGGAGGAGGGGCCUCACCUCUGGGAACGUGGACAUCAACAUCACCACCUUCAAGCACCAAGUCCAGUGCCGCUGCUCAUGGCACAAGUUCCUGAAAUGCAUGCUCACGGUCUUCCCGUUCCUGGAGUGGGUCUGUUUGUAUCGAUUCAAGGACUGGCUUCUCGGAGACUUACUUGCUGGUUUAAGUGUCGGUCUUGUUCAAGUGCCCCAAGGCCUCACACUUAGUUUAUUGACGAGGCAGCUGAUUCCUCCCCUCAACGUCACUUAUGCCGCCUUCUGCUCUUCAAUCAUUUACGUAAUUUUUGGAUCAUGUCAUCAAAUGUCCAUCGGCCCCUUCUUCCUCGUGAGUGCUCUGUUGAUCAACGUCCUGAAGGAGAGGCCGUUCAGCAAUGGUCACCUGAUCUUGGGAACUUUUGUCAAGGAUGACUUCUCUGUCCCCACCUUCUACUUGGACUAUAACAGAUCCUUAAGUAUGGUGGCAUCCACAACUUUCCUGACCGGAAUCAUUCAGCUGUCCAUGGGUAUGCUGGGCAUGGGCUUCAUAGCCACAUAUCUUCCAGACGCUGCGAUCAGCGCCUAUCUAGCAGCUGUGGCACUGCACAUCAUAGUGGCCCAGAUGACGUGCAUCUUUGGGAUUAUGGUCAGCUUCCACGCUGGUCCCAUCUCCUUCAUCUACAACAUAAUUAACUACUGCAUGGCGCUCCCAAAAGCAAACUCUACCAGCAUCCUGCUGUUCCUCACCGCUGUGGUGGCUCUGAGAAUCAACAAGUGCAUCCGCAUCACCUUCAACCGCUACCCCAUCGAGUUCCCCAUGGAGCUGCUGCUGAUUCUUGGCUUCAGCUUACUUACAAGCAAGAUAACCAUGGCUACGGAAAACAGCAAGAUGCUGAUCAACAUGAUCCCGUACAGCUUUGUGUUCCCUGAGACUCCAGAGUUCGGCGUUCUUAGCAGAAUUAUUUUACAAGCCAUGUCUUUGUCUUUCGUGAGCUCCUUUCUGCUCAUCUCGCUGGGCAAGAAGAUUGCUACCUUCCAUAACUACAGACCCAACUCCAACCAGGAUUUAAUAGCCAUCGGCCUGUGCAACGUGAUCAGCUCCUUUUUCAGAUGCUGUGUGUUUACGGGUAGUAUGGCCAGGACUAUCAUCCAAGACAAAUCUGGAGGAAGACAGCAGUUUGCCUCUCUGGUAGGCGCAGGUGUGAUGCUGCUGCUGAUGGUGAAGAUGGCAAGCUUCUUCCACACUCUGCCUAACGCUGUGCUGGCAGGGAUCAUCUUAAGCAAUGUGGUCCCCUACCUUGAAGCCAUUUACAACCUACCCGCUCUGUGGAGGCAGGACCAGUAUGAGUGUGUCAUUUGGAUGGUGACAUUCUCGGCUGCGAUUUUCCUGGGACUAGACCUUGGACUGAUCAUCUCACUGGUCUUCGCUUUCUUUGUCAUCACUGUCCGCUCGCACAGAACCAAGAUCCUCGUCUUGGGUCAGAUCCCCAACACCAACAUUUACAGAAAUGUUGAUGACUACCGGGAGGUGGUUCUCAUCCCUGGGGUGAAAAUCUUGCAGUGUUGCAGCUCCAUCACGUUUGUUAACGUGUACCGUCUAAAGCACAAGUUGUUAAAAGAGGUCAAUAUGGUGAAGUUGCCUCUUAAGGAAGAAGAGAUUUACACCCUGUUUCAUCAAAAUGAGACCAGUGUAGGAGAAAACAGAAUAUGUACGUGUUUCUGCGACUGUGAAGAGCUGGAGCCAGAGACCAGGAUUGUCUACACAGAGCGGUACGAAAACAGACGGGAGCAGGACUCAUCCACCAACCUGAUCCACUGCUCCUACCUGGGCAUGGAGGACACCAGCUCAACGACUUCUGAGGGACAGAUCCCCUACACAGUGUCUUCCACAUCACAGAGGAAUAUAGGGCAGAGCUUCGAGGACAUGGAGAAAGCAAGAAGCAGCUCCCUCCCGCUGCCCGAAAACUCAGAAAGCUUAGCGCAGAGUAGAUCCAGAUCCAUCCUCGUGCCUCACUCGAACACGAGCGUGCAGAUAAACACCCACACCAUCAUCCUGGACUUCUCUAUGGUGCACUAUGUGGAUACCCGGGCUUUGGUUAUACUGAGGCAGAUGUGCAAUGCUUUCUACAAUGCCAACAUUCUGGUCCUCAUUUCAGGGUGUCACACCUCUGUGGUCAAGUUGUUUGAGAAGAAUGAUUUCUUUGAUGGAGGCAUCACGAAGGCCCAGCUCUUCCUCAGCCUCCAUGACGCCGUGCUGUUCGCUAUGUCGAGGAAGUUCUCGGAGCCCUCGGACUUGAGCAUCGACGAGACGGAGACGGUGAUACAGGAAACCUUCUCAGAGUCAGACAAGAAUGGCAACCUGAACCAUCUGAGACUUACAAUGGGGAAUGCCAUCGCAGAAGGUUCUCGGCUUGCAAGUCCAAGCUUCACCAAGACCCUUAAGCCUUUUAAGGAUGACUUGGAGUUUGACCUAAGUCCAGGCUUCAACAAGACCCAUAAACCUGCUAACGAUGACUUGGAGUCUGACUUGGCUUCUGAACAGACCAGCGGGAUGGAUUUCAAUCUGGACCUGGACUUGGACUUGGACCGGGAGUUAGAGCUGGACCCUGGAUCUGAGAUGGGUUCUGACACCCAAGCCAAAGCUGAGCUGGAGCUCGAGUCAGAGCUUGAGACAGAUGCCCAGACAGAGCUCGAGACAGAGGAAGAGCCAGAGCUGCAGACAGAGUCAGAGACAGAGAGGAAGCCACAGCCAAAGACCAGGUCAAGGUCUCACAGCCCCUGGAGGAAUUACUUCAGUGCUUAUCGCUUCGGUUCUUCGAGCUCCCAGCCUAGAGUUCCACCUCAGACACGCCCAGAAAAGGGAGAGUCACAUACCCAACCUCUUCCUAAAUAACAAUAAGGACGCUUGGUCGGUGACUCCCUAGCGCAGGCAGGGCAUCUUGGCAAACCCUUCCUGCUCAACUCGGCAUGAGAGCUAGGCUGGGUACAAGCCACCAGUCCUGGCUCUGUGACCCCCACACCUGCCGACCUCCUCCUUAUUGGAUUCUGGGAUCUCAUGCCCACCGUCCUCCCAGGCUACGUGACUCAAGGUCGACAGCUGUCUCUGGGUUCUGCCUCCCAGCUCUGCAGAUUGCAUCUCCAACAGGUUUCCAGCGAAGGCCUCCCUGCACGUCCUCUCUGGGGAACUGUGCCAGCUUCUCUCUGAGUUCCUCCUCUCAUCUCUGUUUCCCUUUCUCCAAAGAAAUGAGGCUUGAAUAAAAUAUGGGACUCUACUUAACCCUGA